UAGCCAUUUUAGCACUCUGAAGAAAACAAAUCCAAUUCUCCAACUCCUCUUUCUCUCUCAAACAGAGUUAGCCGCAGACGCACGCGCUAGAUCAGCAUUUGAUUUGUUAUUCGGUAUCCAGCAGAGAUGUGGCGGUGCUUUUCUCGUGGCAUCCGCAUUCCUUCCUCGAAGUCCGCCGCCGCCGAUUCCGUUCGUCGGCUAUCUAGUGGAGCGGCGCCGUCAUACACGGUUGUGGAUCACACCUACGAUGCUGUGGUGGUUGGUGCAGGAGGCGCUGGGUUGAGGGCGGCGAUAGGGCUAUCGGAGCAUGGAUUCAACACUGCUUGCAUUACCAAGCUGUUCCCUACUCGUUCCCAUACCGUUGCAGCUCAGGGUGGAAUUAAUGCUGCAUUAGGAAAUAUGACAGAGGAUGAUUGGAGAUGGCACAUGUAUGACACAGUUAAAGGAAGUGAUUGGCUUGGGGAUCAGGAUGCCAUUCAGUACAUGUGCAGGGAAGCACCAAAAGCAGUUAUUGAACUUGAGAAUUAUGGACUGCCGUUCUCCCGGACAGAAGAUGGGAAAAUAUAUCAGCGGGCAUUUGGUGGACAAAGCUUGAACUUUGGAAAAGGUGGACAAGCAUACCGCUGUGCUUGUGCAGCUGAUCGAACUGGACAUGCUUUGUUGCACACACUGUACGGCCAGGCUAUGAAACACAAUACUCAGUUCUUUGUGGAAUAUUUUGCCCUUGAUUUGCUAAUGGGCAAUGAUGGUAGCUGCCAGGGUGUAAUUGCAUUGAAUAUGGAGGAUGGAACCUUACAUCGAUUCCGUGCUGCCUCAACAAUUCUUGCUACUGGGGGUUAUGGUAGAGCAUACUUUUCUGCUACAUCUGCUCAUACUUGCACUGGAGAUGGUAAUGCUAUGGUUGCACGUGCAGGAUUGCCACUUGAG